GAACGGCAACGGAGAAACCCGAGGCGGACCCCGGAAGCUCCGUCGUUACUGGGCGCUGUCAGCCCGUUGUGAGAGCGAUGUGUUACCGCUGCUCGCGGGUACGGCUGCAUAUAACUGGAGUUUAGCCCCAACGAGGCUUCAACAUGUAUUAAGACGGUUCUCCCGACAAAAGAAAUUAUAAAUAUUAAGGCCUACACAUGUACUUCAUCCUCACUGCUGCUCCAGGAGGUACACACCACAGCAUGUUAUUGUGAGGAGAAAACAUAUUAGGGCAGGAUGCAGUCUUCAAACCACCGGCUGCGAGAUCUGGAGCAGCACCACCCGCUGCUGUCGGCGGGCGCAGACGUCGAGACGGGGAGCCUGGCGGCCGGGGCGAUGGUCGGAGGUCCCCACGCCGGCCACAUGGCGGGGAGCCCCACCAUGUGGUUCAUCCAGGACAGCUGUGGGAUGGUGUGCGCGGGCAUCACCUGGUUCCUGGUGCUCUACGCUGAAUUCGUGGUGAACUUUGUGAUGCUGCUGCCCAGCAAGAACUUCUGGUACUCGCUGCUGAACGGCGCCACCUUCAACUCCCUGGCCGUGCUCGCGCUGGCCUCACAUGUGCGCACCAUGAUGACCGACCCGGGUGCGGUUCCUAAGGGUAACGCAACCAAGGAGUACAUGGAGAGCUUACACCUGAAGCCCGGUGAGGUCAUCUACAAGUGCCCAAAGUGCUGCAGCAUCAAGCCUGAGAGAGCACACCACUGCAGUAUUUGUAAAAGAUGUAUCCGGAAGAUGGAUCACCACUGUCCGUGGGUCAACAACUGCGUGGGAGAAAAGAAUCAGAGAUUCUUUGUACUUUUCACUAUGUACAUCUCUUUGAUUUCUGCCCAUUCCCUGGGCCUCAGUGGGAUGCACUUCUUCACCUGUAUUAAAGUCCAGUGGAACGAGUGCAGCGCCUUCUCUCCAGGAGUGUCUGUGCUGCUGCUGAUCUUCCUCUGCCUCGAAGCCAUCCUCUUCCUCACUUUCACAGCUAUAAUGUUCGGUACACAGAUCCACUCCAUCUGCAACGACGAGACGGAGAUUGAACGUCUUAAAAACGAGAAGCCCACAUGGGAGCGCCGCGUGAGAUGGGAUGGCAUGAGAGCUGUGUUUGGGGGUUCGCCCUCCCUGCUGUGGUGCAAUCCAUUCACGGGCCUGCGUCUGCGGCGCCUGUUGCUGUUGACCCGCGGCGGGUCAGAGUUCUCCAUCUGAGAGCGGGGCGGGCGGAGCUGCUGCAGCUCGCCGACACUUUGACCAUCUCCUAAAAAACAAGAGUUCUUGUGCGUCCUCCUCGGACGGCGCGAGGUUGGACGUCUGCUCGCUGGGGGGG